AUGCUAGUGGCCAUCUGUGCCAUGGUGGCGUCACAUGAGAGCCCCGCGCCUUCCCAAUCGCCUUCUGAUGCACCUUCCUCCAACUCUCAUGCCUAUUCUGACGACCCGACCUUUGCUAUAGAACUCUCCUCUCUCCAAAGCCCAUCGUUGCGCAACGGCAGUCAUGGUGAGCCGAUCGCAGAUGAAGGCCCGCCUGCCUCCGACUUCGCUCUUAAAGGAGCACCUUCUGCCUGGCGUGAUUCCGCACCUUCAGGCCCUGGCUCCACGGCAGAACACAUCUCACUCUUGAGCGCAUCGUCGCGAGACGACGACUAUCGACGACUAGUCUCGAGUGAAGCGUCACGCGCAUCCGACUCCACGGUUGACAGCGCACCUUCCACAGACUGUGGCGUCGUAUGGCUGCCGUAUACGCUCCGAUGGAGAUUCCUAUUCGCUCUGGCCCUGAUCUCGAUAGCGCUGUGCUUAAUUGUGUCGGCACUUUGCUGGUUGUCUUCGGCAAAACAUGGCUUGGGAACGGAUGACGGGUCCAACGUUAUCCUGCUCGGUUGGAGAUUCUCGCCGACGUUGAUAUGCGUAAUGUACGCGCACCUUGUCGGCAUGGCCUUCAGCGACGUCAAGAAAACGGAACCGUACGCCAGAAUGGCCCGGCCCAGUGGAGCCUCCGCGGAGGCUUCGGUUUUACAAGUCCCGAAACCCUGGUGGUCCGCGUUGAUGGAAGCUUUCUCGAAAAGGAAGAACGCAAGAAGGAUUAACAUACCACUGCUAUGCUCUUCUCUCGCUUUUAUAACCUCCGUUCUGGUCAUUUCACCACUGUCGUUGUCGUUUCUCGUAUCGUUCAACUUCGCACUAGCGCAUGACGCGCAGUUCCAUCGGAUCAUCAUGGACCCCACGCCGUUCCCGCUCACUGCGACCCCGGAGACCUUUUUGCGCACGACGGGCCAGUUAUUCUACAACGUUACUGGAACACCAUGGAUUUCUGGCCAAUAUACCGUGCUGCCUUUUUGGCCUUUGGGAAUGCCCAACGACCCAUUCCUUGAUUCGAACUUCUUCCCUUCCCCCGGAAGUUGGACUGCACCGUCUCGAGUAGUGAAAGUCGAGUAUCCGUGCAAGCGGAUGGAUGUCAGGACAACUUUCGAAAACAAGAGUUUCAUGGCGCCAGGCAACAUCUAUCACGGCAACACGAUCCCUCCUUAUAGCGACUCAUUCACAAUCCUUGUGAACGGAACCUCUAAGAUGGCCACGAUAAGCCUAUCGUUGGCGGACGAUUGUCAAUAUCAGAUCGAUGCUUCCCCUACCCUAGAUAUCAACAGACAAAAAAGCGUGGUAUGGUCCAGAGGUUCCGCCCCUCUUUAUGAUAAGGGCAUGGGUUACCCCCAGGAUCAGCUUCCAUCCAACGACACUGAUUCAUGGCUCUACAUUCCCGGAAAUUCAAGUUAUGUGUUAGAGUUCGGGAGCGGUCCCACUAGCCCAUACCUCAGGUUUAAAGAGUCACCUCAAUGCCAAGAUAAACAGAUCCUCCUCCUAGCUACGCCGAUGCUUACGAACGACGAGCUAUUGCUAUCCAAUUACUCCCCGCGUGCCUGGGCGUGCUCUUCCAAUAUCUCAGUGGCUGACAUUCCGGUCACUCUAUCAAUGUCCGGCACCGUGUCAAACAUCUCAUUCAGCGAGAAGGAAUUUCUUCGGAACCGCAUUCCGAUGGGAGAAGAUAUGCUGAAUACCUCGCAGGUCCACGCCCUAUUCAAUAACCCUCAAUGGGCUUCCUAUUCAGCUAUGUCGUCGUUUUGGUCCCAUCAGUCAGCUAUACCCCUGACGGAAUCCUAUGACGAUGACUUUUCCGCCCUAACUGAUGAUCAGAAUUUGCUGUCAAGAGCCGAGAGCAUUUUUGUUCGCUUUUUCGCUGAGCUACUACAAUCUUCCAUUCUCCAGGAAAACAGUCCGCAACUCAAUGACGUCCAAGGACACAUAGGUUCCUUCGAAAAGCGUAUCGUCGUUGUCCCAAAUAUUGGUAUAACUUUGUCUGUGCUCUUUGCGCUCAACGCCUUCUUACUUCUACUGCUUUCCCGGAAGACUCGCCCUUGCUCUCGGCCGCUCAAUCUGGAAACCAACGCGUCGUCAGUUCUCUCCGUUGCGAGGCUUAUGACCGCGGGCAAACUCGAUAUGGAUCUUUGGCAGACUAUGCCUCUUGCGAAGAGAGAGGUAAUGAGCUCGUCGCUAGUAAACAGAAUCUACCGCACAUCAUUUGCGCAGCUGCUAGAAACAUGUGAUGGAGAUGUUGAAUUACCUGAACCACGAGCGGACAGCUUUGGUGAUGUGAACCACUUCGAUUUGAAGUGGCACCCAAAGCUUCUUCAGAUGCCAUUCAUUGCGAGCCUCAUGAUGCUGCUUGCCUGUUUUUUGAUCGGCAUCGCAGUUUUAUUCUCCUUCGCAAGCGAUGGCCGGCUUUCGCAGUCUGCCUUCGUGUAUGAGACCGGCGUACCUGUGGACAACGAUUCAUCGUUAAGAUUCGCGCCAAUCUCGAUUGUUCCGACACUCUUUGCAGUGCUCAUAGGUCUCUGGUGGAAUGCAAUUGAGCAAUCAGCCUGCUACCUUCAACCCUACAUCAUGCUCACACAGCCGGCGGAGACAGCGAUACGAAAGUUAUCAGGGAGACUAUGCUAUGAGCCGAUGAAUUGGGCAUCAACUUCUCUGAACGCAUUACGAGACAAACAAAUCCUCUUGUUUCUAUUUGUCAUUGGAUGUUUCCUUUGUCAGCUUCUGGCGAUGUCGUCUUCCGCCUUAUUUGAGCGAGAACUUGUCAAUGAGACAAGUUAUGUAUCAUUGAAUCGAACUCUGGAACCUCGGCUGUUACCUGUAGGAAUUGAGGAUCUGGUCGGUGCGAACCGGCUCCCCGACAAUAUCAAUGUCUCCACCGUGGAGCUUGAGCGACAAACAAUGGUAGAUGUGGACCUCUAUUGGAUUGAGCCGCGGGGCUGGAUUCACAGUGCCGUAAAUCAGCUUACUCGCAAUGGCUCCGAGCCUCCCUGGAGUCGUGACGGGUGGAGUUUUACCCCCGUUAACCUCGCUGACGCUGCGCACACUGGAAAUGGAACAAGAAUUUCGAUUGAAACAUCAUCUCUCAGGGGUCGUGUCGAGUGCGUCGCCACCUCUGAGAGCUAUAACAUUAGAAACAUGUCCUCUUGGCUGGGCACAUAUGACCUUACUAAUGAUACCCUAUGGAAUACGUCGUCGAAUCCACCGGGCAUCAUUGAAGGCUACUGGCUCACGUCGAAUGCCUCAUACGCGACUUCGGACUCAAUCUCUCCCUUCUGUCCGGAUAACUCAAGCCGAGCACUUGGGAGAGGAAGAUGGUCCGAUUUUCCAGGUGGAAUCGAAGGCGGCUUCCCCUACCCAUUCUCCCCUUGGCCAUUCCCAUUCACUGUGACCUGGCUAUAUGGUACUGCACAAUCAGGAUUUCUUCCUGCUACAGAGGCUGCGGAUGCUCCCCCCGAUCCACAGAACGAGAAUCUGUAUCCGUUGCGAACAGCAUGCCGGGGAGAAAGCCAGGACGACGGUCCGCAGAACUUUAGCAUGUUUACCAAAGUCCCGUUUUUCUGGUCGACGGAGUGCCAGCCGGUGGUUGAAAUGGCCGACGCACAAGUUAUUGUGGAUUCGGGAGGGCACAUACUUGCGUACGAGAUUCGCAGCAUACCAGAGCCAACGGACGCUCCCUGGAAGGACGCAUUUAGUAUGCAUACGCACAACGCCACUCCUGGUGAUGCAGUAUCUCCACUAGGUCCGUUGAACGUGACCACGAGCUACGGGAUAUUCUUCCUCAGUGCACUCAUUGAAUCACCUGAUAUGGGAUUAGUAACGACACUAAACUAUGCCGAACGCCCUUACUUUAUCCAUGACACUGAAAACCACAUGGACAUGGACCUCAUGACGUACUCCAUGUACAGCCUAGCCAACAAGGACCCCGAGGCCUUCAAGAACGAGACACUCCUCAACGAGCUGAUCAAUAAGGUGUUUCAAACGUUCUUCCAGCACUUCCACACGGACCGCACCGUCGAAGCCACCGUCGAGCGCGAAAUUGAGGUCCUGAAGAUGAACGCUGUCGCGACAUGGCUGUCCAUCGCCAUCCUGGCAUGCCUCAUAGGCACAACACUCGCGUUCUUGAUCAUGCAGCGAAGCUAUCUCCGCCCGCUGCAUAGGAACGUCGAGUGUCUGGCGGAUGUCAUGGUCCUGCUGGCAGGCAGCGAGCGGCUUCUCGCGUUGGUUCGCGAGCGCACACUCGAGGAGCUUCGGGAAGAUAACGAGACGAAGGUGCGGCUGGGUUGGUUCAAGAGGAAAGAUGGGAGCGUGCGGUGGGGGAUUGAGCUUGUGGAGGACGGCCCGGACGCGGUGGAGUGGGUUGAAGUGCCUCGGGAGAUGAAAGGGAAGGCAUAG